CUCACUUUCUAGAGGAAGCACAGACAACAUUUCUUCCCUCCUUCACCCUCGAACAAGCUCCAGAACUCUUGUCGCCCAGCAUGGCUCUGCCUAAGCGUAUCAUCAAAGAGACGGAGCGUCUCAUGGCCGAGCCGGUACCCGGAAUCAGUGCCGUCCCUCACGAGGACAACCUCCGCUACUUCGAUGUCGAGAUCCACGGACCUACACAAUCUCCGUAUGAAGGCGGUGUCUUCAAGCUCGAGCUCUUCCUUCCCGACGACUACCCCAUGACACCCCCCAAGAUUCGCUUCCUUACCAAGAUCUUCCACCCUAAUGUCGACAAGCUGGGCCGCAUCUGCCUCGACGUUCUGAAGAACAACUGGUCCCCUGCCCUCCAGAUCCGCACCAUUCUUCUGUCAAUCCAGGCCCUCCUCGGUGCCCCGAACCCCGACGACCCCCUUGCCGCCGAUGUCGCGAAGAGCUGGAAGGAGGACGAGCAGGCCGCCAUCGCGACGGCCAAAGAGUGGACCACGAAAUUCGCUGUGCCCAAAUAGACGAGGAAACAUUGGAGAGCCGUGAGGCUGUGCUGCGCUUUGGGGGAAAAGGCAGACGACGGCGCGUGGAAGAACAGCUACGGCAGGAGCCAAUGCAAACACAUUUUCCCUAGACCGAGUUUUAGGCGGACACUGCAGAGACGAUGCAGCCACCCUGCUGCCUUGACUUGUAGAACGGGGGCUGAUUUGGACGUUCAGGACCUGGAGUUGCAAUCUUGAGAUAUGGC